AUGUCUCAAUCCACGCAGACCCCCGUCGACAUCAACACACUCUCCGUACAACAACUCUCUACACUGCAGGCGCGGCUGUCCCAAGAGCUCGAGCACCUGAGCACCUCGUACCAGAGGCUACGCGCUGCGCAAUCGCGCUUCAAGGACUGCAUCCGCAGCAUACGGGAUGGCGUGCAGGGGAGAAGUGGAGAAACGCCCCUACUCAUCCCCCUAACAAUGUCCCUCUACGUGCCCGGAACGCUGGCGGCGCCCAAACCCUCUACUUCUUCCUCCUCGUCAUCAUCUUCGCAAACGCCGUCAAAAUCCCCCAUGGUAAUGGUCGACGUGGGCACGGGCUUUUUUGUGGAAAAGACACCCCCAGACGCAACAAAGUUCUACCAGGGCAAGGUUGAGGACUUGACCAAGAAUCUGCAGGACAUCGAGAAGGUUGUGGGCGGCAAGACCGAGAGCUUGAAGGUCGUGGAAGAUGCCCUCAGGCGGAAAAUGGUCGAGGAACAGCCGAUGCAGUUUGGUGCUGGACGGCAGGCCGGAGGAACAAGCGGCAGCGGGUCCAAGGGAGCUGGAUAG